ACCAAAGAAAAAACAAGAAACAUUCAAUUCCUUACUUGGGGAAAAGAUGAAGUAUUAAACAACACAUAUCUGUGUAUUCAACUGAAGAAUUAUCGCAGAGCAAUCACUGAUGUUGAGACUCAGACUACAGAUGUAUUCGAUAUUUAUGUUAGUAAAAAACCAGUUGACAGGCCGGCCGACCGGCCGUCCAUUUAUUAGUUUAUUUGAUUGCAAGUUCCCCUCCCAUCCCAUGUAACACUCCAAACAUUCCAUAUCCUCAUUCCUUACUAUCUAAUCUAUCAUGUUUCCACUUCCCAAAUUCACAUGUCUUUGCUCUCUGAUAAUCCUUCUCGUCAAUCCCAUUUUUCCUCAACAACUCUAUGACACCUCCGGCUGCACUUCAAACUCACUAGGCCAUGAAGCCAACUACAUUUGUAGUUCUAACAAAAGGGAUUGCAAAACUUAUAUAGUCUAUAGGGCUCAAAAUAAUUUCAACACAGUCUCUUCCAUAGCUUCUCUCUUUAAUCGAACCCAAUCAGAUCUUCGCCUUGUCAACCAAUUAAGUGAAGAUGAUUUUAGGAUUCUAUCACUUGGGCGUGAAAUUGUUAUCCCAAUUACUUGUUAUUGCCUUGAUGGGUUCUCUCAGUCCAUUUUCAUGUACAAUUUUUCUAGCAAAGACUCGGUUUCCUCAAUUGCUUGUGGAGUUUUUGAGGGUUUGGUGAAAGCACAGAAUCUGUUAGAGAAAAAUCCUGACUUGGGAGGAAAUAAUAUUCCUGAUGGUUAUGUGAUAAAUGUACCUAUUCGAUGUGCUUGCCCUGAGCCGAAUCAGCAAAUCAAUGGUGUAAAUUAUCUUGUUACAUACCCUAUUAUCGAGGGUGAUCACACAGAUUUAAUUGCUAGUAAAUUUAAAGUGUCUGAGAAAAUGAUCUGGGAUGCCAAUGGAUUAGCACCAUACAGUACCAUUUUUCCUCAAACAACUUUGCUUGUACCAACAAAGGAUGUUCUUGAUGUUAAUUGGAGUAUUGGAUCUGUCCCUAAAAACUCAUCUGUUCCUAAAGCAGUAAUUCCUUUGGAGAAAGUUUUACCAUCUGGUAAACGAUCAAGCAAAUGGGUUUCCCGUUUAUUUCUUGGACUAGGUGUGUGUUUCCCAGUUGUUUCAAUUGUUGUAGGAUGUGGGGUUUUUAUAUACAUCCAAAGAAAGAAUCAUCUUAGGAGUUUUCAACCUUUAUCUGCAAGAAGUUCAGUGUCAUCAAACAUGUCACCUGACUUUCUUGAUGGAGUGUCAAAGUUGAAGAACUCCUUGAUCAAUUAUAGCUUAGAGGAGAUAACUACUGCAACUGAGAAUUUCAAUGAGGCUUCAAUGAUCGGUGCAAAAAAGUAUAAAGGUAAGAUCGGUGGUUCAUUUCUUGCAAUUGAAGAGAUGGAUUCUGAGGAAGCUGCACGAAAUGUGAUUUAUAUAUUGACAAAGAUUAAUCAUUUAAACAUUGUUAGGCUUGAAGGUUUUUGCCAUGAAAGCAACAAACCUUAUCUUGUCUUUGAAUUUGCUGAGAAUGGUACCUUAUGGGACUGCUUGUCAAAUCCAAAAUUGGAUAGGCAGUUCACAUGGGCAAAAAGGCUGCAGAUUGCAUUUGAUCUAGCUGCAGCUCUUCACUACUUGCAUAACUCAACAACACCAGCGUUUGUUCAUCACAACAUAAAUAGCAGAAAUGUGCUCGUAACUUCUGAUUGGAGGGCUAAAAUUUCAGGGUUUAGUUUGGCAAAAGCAGUUACUAACGGGCAGAUAUGCCUUAAAAUGGAUGUGUUUGCAUUUGGAGUUGUUUUGCUUCAGUUGAUAUCAGCAAAAGAGGUUAUAAGUACUACAGAUGAGAAAAUUGUAAUGGAUUCAAUCAAUUUCUUGCUUGAUGAUAGGAUUGAAGAUUCUUCACAGUUCUUGGAAAAACUAAAGGGAUUCAUAGAUCCAGUUUUGGAGGGGGAUUAUCAAUUGGGAGAUGCUAUUUGUUUGGUGCUCCUGGCAAAGAGUUGUAUUGAGGAUGAGCCAGAUCUUAGACCUAUCAUGACUGAUAUUAUUAUAGCUCUUUCAAGAAUUGUAUUUGUAUAGCUUUUUUUAUUUUGCUUUUCUUCUUCUUGUUUUUACAGAAAUUUCAGUGAUAAGUUAAUCAUAUUCA